UCUCAACUAAGAAUUUGUUUUUACUCUUGAAGUAACCAACAUUUCCAAAGUCAUCCCAAAUAAACUUCAAUAUCAGCAUUUUAGGCAAAUUCACCCACUGGAUCGUCAAAAAAGCCGACCCAUUUCUUAAUUUGAAUCAGAAAAUGAGUGAUUUGGUUUCUGGGUCUGAUCCAUCGGGCAGCAAUGAAAUAAAGGGCAGUGGGUUUGAUGCUGCCCGGAUUCAGGAGGUGAAAGCAUGGCUGAUUUCUCAGUUUGAUGCUGUUGGUAAAGAUGUGCCCGAAUUCGAGUACACUCCACGUAGUAUUGCGCAUUUGCAUAAUAUUGCUACUGUUUCUCAAGCUAAGACCCAAGCUGUUGGCAUUGUUGCCAAUGAUUUCCGUCAAAAGGCGGCCGAGUAUCGCUCCCAAGCUGCAAGGAUUAGAGAGCUAUUGGAGAAUGUGGGCUUGGCCCAAGAGAGUUUGCCAUCAAGCAUAGUGGGUUCAGCACAAGUUUUGGCAAAUGUUGCUAACUUGUUGAACAUAAGGGACACUGAGUUGAGCAGUUUCCUUGUGGCAAGGGGAGAUCUUUCUCUGAGAAAGUCUGGAGUUGAGGAGAAAAGGGCAAAGGUACAAAAGGAGUCUAAGGUGCUCCUUGAUUAUACACGGAAGGCUAUAGCAAGGCUCACUUACUUGAAAAGAAUACUUGCUCAAUUGGAAGAUGAAGUAGCUCCUUGUGAGGCUCAAAUUGAAAACUGGAAGACGAAUUUGCCUCUCCUGGUUUCAAAAGAACGAGAAUAUAAUCAGAGAUAUUCUAACUACAAGGCACUACUGAAUCGUGUAGGUUACAGCCCUGAAAUCAGCCAUGGGGUACUGGUAGAAAUGGUCGAACACAAGAAAGAGUUGGAGAAGAAAACUUUACCCAUCAUUGAUACCUUGAAAAGCUACCAAGACUUGCCUCCUGAUAAAGCAUUGGCUUCUCUCGCCAUUGAAGACAAGCGAAGACAGUUUGCUGCUGCGGAGAAAUAUCUUGAGGAGGUCUUGCAGUCUGCGCUUUCUGCAACAGAUUAAGUUCGCCUCUAGCUUAUGCCAUGUUUUAGUUGGGUUUUUUUUAGAAGAAUGUCAACAUCUACCUUGUUGAUGGUAUUGUAUGUGAACCUAAGUCAAAAUUUGGUGUAAUACAACUUGUUAAGUUUAUGAAGGUUUUUACUAUUCUUGAGCGCCUAAAUUUAGGUAUUUGUUAAAAAAUGAA